AUGAACUCGCUAGGGAUUGCAAUGCGUGCACACUGUGCGUUUCCAUGGAGAGCUAUUAGCAAUUCCCCACCGUACACAAUUGCAUUAAAUUUCAUCAAACGAACACUACGGUAAACGAAUCGAUCGAUAUAGAAUAUCUGAGCAACUCCGCGCAAGCGUUGCACAAACUCAAUGCACCAACUCCAUUCAAGUAGAAUAUUCGAUUCAGUCGUUCUCAUAA